AUGGGUAUUGAUCUCAAAAAGCACCACGUCAAGAACUCCAACCGUACUGCUCCCAAGUCUGACAACGUCUACUUGGCCUUGUUGGUUAAGCUUUACCGUUUCCUUGCUCGUCGUACUGAUGCCAACUUCAACAAGGUUGUCUUGAAGCGUCUCUUUAUGUCUCGCGUCAACCGUCCUCCCGUCACUGUUUCUCGCAUCGUCAAGAACAACAAGGAAGGCAAGACCGUUGUUGUUGUCGGUUCCGUCACCGAUGACUCUCGUCUUUUGGACCUCCCCAAGCUCUCUGUUGCUGCCCUUCACUUCACCAAGACCGCUAAGGCCCGUAUCUUGAAGGCUGGUGGUGAGGUUUUGACCUUGGAUCAAUUGGCUCUUCGUGCUCCCACUGGUGCCAACACCAUCCUCGUCCGUGGUGCCAAGAACUCUCGUGAGUCCGUCAAGCACUUUGGUAUGGGUCCCCAUAAGAACAAGAAGCCCUUCGUUCGUUCCAAGGGUCGUAAGUUCGAGCGUGCUCGUGGUAAGCGUGCUUCUCGUGGUUUCAAGGUUUAA